AAAGUUUACCGUAAUAAAGUAAUACUUUAAUUGUAAACAUAUUUUAUAAAAGUUUUUUGUGAUCAUAAAUUUCAAAAAUAAGUGAAUUUCCUGACGGCAAACACAUUCAACGUUGACUUGAGUUCCGAAGAAGAAGAAAUUAGAAAAUUAGAAGAAAAUUUAAAAUAGAAAAAAGAACAUAGAGCACUAAGAAAACAUUUAGAAAAGAUGAAUACUUCGCAAUCUGAAGAGAAUGCAUGUUCCUCAAAAAAGCCAACAGAUCCAAUACAAACAGAAGAUACUUCAAACAAACAAGCUCUUGCAUCUCGGAAUAAUCAAGAAAUUAAAGAAAGUACCGAAGAAAAUGCACAUCAAAAGAAGCAGAUUCGUGAAGAAAAGGAUGGAAAAGGAAAUGAAGCUUUUCCGAAAGACACUUUCAAAAAACGGAGAGGAACUACCGACAAGGGCAAAAAAUACGAAGAUUUGGUUACCGCUAACGUCGCACUUCAAAUGGUAAGCGACAGUAAAAUAAAAGACUUUCGCAUAUCUUCGAACGAUAAAAAUUUUGGUGAUUUUGAUGACGUAGUCAUUGAAAUUAAGACAGACAGGGGAAUAAAAACAAAAGCAUUGCAAUUAAAACACAGUAACGAAAAAAGACAAUUAACUACAAAGCAGCUGGCAGACAAAAGGGGAGACUUUAGUUUAAUCAAAUAUUUCAAAUCUGCUCAAGAGGUUCAAGACGAAGUGCAAGAAUUUAUAUUAUUCACCACAAAUACAUUUGAAACGUCAGAAGAAACGACAUUUAAACUAGAAGAGGAAGAGUUUCACCUGAAGAUCAGUAAAAAGACAGUUUCAGGAGACGAUUUCGACGUUUUAAGAAUUUCUGAAAAUAUAAAUCAUUAUCACACAUUUCAAAUAGUAGAGAACGAAUGGACUAAACAAAAUCCUGAAAAAAUUAGGAAGUAUCAAACAUUCUUUGAAAGAUUUCGUCUUUACACAACUCAAGAACGUUUUGAAGCUCUUACAAAAUCAACAAUGAAUAAAUUCACUGAGAUAUUUUGCUCUAACGAAGAAACUUUCAAAAGGUACGUCGAGGUCAUAUCAGAAUGGAGUAUGCGAGAUGGAAAAAAAGAAAAGCUAAGCAAAAAAAUGAUUCAAAGUGUGAUCGCACUUCGUUUGCUUUCUUCUCAGAUCGAACCGUUUGUUUUUGGUUCAGUCACAGACGAAAUGAAAAUACUUCGAGAGGCUAUUUGUCUGUUCGACAUCACGUUGUUGGAAAAAAAAGGCAGCAAGGCAGUUAAAAAUUUGUGGGGAGACUUGGACCAAAAUAUUGACCUCAAAGAACUAAACAAAGUUCGAAUACUUUACUCUCUUUCUUCUAAUGACAUAAGUAGUGACAAAAAUCUGGAUGCAAAUUUGUUGACACAGUUGCUAUGGCUGAUGGAGAAAUGUCCGCUCAUUGUGAAAGAACACGUCAAUAUGGAGAAAGCUAUUAACCUCUGUCCAGAUGCAAAAUUUAUUAUUCUUGGCGAGGGUAAAUAUGAAGAAUGGAUGACAGAACACUCUGUGUUUCAAAACUUGUUCAACUUGAAACCAGAAGUUGAAUUGUAUGAAAAAGUAUUGCGAAAAUUCACUAUUUCUAUACAAGGCAAAAAACCUCGUAAUUUGGUGACUGCUUUCGAAAAAAAUGAAGAAAUUUUUAAGCAUGUUACUGUGGAAAAACUUUUAGAGAUGGCAAAUGGUUCAUGCCAUAUAGAUGGACAAAAGGAAGUUUUUCCCAAUCUUUAUAUCGACAGAUAUUUGUCAGUCAAUAUUAUAGACAUUAAAUAUUUAGAACGUGUUAAUCGAAACACUGUUAUCAUUUUAAAUUGCGAAGGUAAUUCUCACCAAUUGAAAAUAUCUAAAAAGUAUACUCUAACAGACAUCGAGGGUUUUUUAAGUAAUGCAGACCCCAAAAUUUUUGAUAAACCAAUUUUUAUAAGGAGCGAAAAAAAUUGUAGUGAUUCUGAUUUUCAAAUAAUAUGUUCUAAAACACCAGAAUCUACAACUGUCCACUAUUUUAAAUUUCUCAACGAUCAAAAUUUAGAAUGGAUUGGAAGCAAAGGCUUUGUUAAUGAACUGCGAAAUUAUAAAUUACCUAGUCGUUCCAAAAACGAAAACGAAAUUUGGUCUUUCGAAUUCAGCAACAACAUACAUCUAAUAACAGGUGACCCAGGCAUGGGCAAAACCGAGUUAACGAAGAGUCUAAAAAACAACUGUUGUGCGAGAUAUUGGACCGUGAUUCUGAGUGCUCAAGAUGUUAUGUCUUUCUUUAAAAAUUCACCAAAGUCUGAAAAAUCAACAGACUUACAAUUCGAAACAUUUAUUUUAAAGGAAAAAUAUCGAGACCUCGCUGGGUUGGAUCGAGAAUUCUUUACAAUGUGUUUAAAGCAACGAAAUGUGGUUUAUGUAUGGGACGCUCUUGAUGAAAUAUUUACUCAGUAUUUACAUGGUACUUUAGAUUUCAUUCUUAUGUUAUCGCAGAAAGGUUUCAUUCAGUGGGUUACUGCAAGGCAACAUUUGAGAUCUUCUCUUGAAGAAAAAUUUGAUACUCUGUCAGUGGGUAUCAAUCAGCUCACCGAAGUCGAGCAAGAGGACUACAUUAAGAAACGUCUUAACAAUUUUAUUAAGCCUCUAGAUAUGAAACCAGUCAUCGACAAAAUUAAAUCCACGUUUGCAUUUACAAAACAUAUAGAUAUAUUGGGAAUCCCUCUUCAAAUUUUUAUGCUUACAGAUGUUUUACUUCAAAAUAAGGAAAAAUAUUUAGAGUUAUUAGACACUAAAUUUCUCCUGACUGACAUGUAUCGUUACUUUAUUGCAGGAAAAUUUAAGUUUUUCUACGAAGGCAAAGUUCCUGUAAACAAUUAUUUUUGGCAAGAAAAAGUGAGGAAGGAAAAGGAAGAAAAAUUGAAACAGUAUGAAAAGUUGGCGCUCAAAGUAAUAUUUCCUGAAAAUAUUUUGCAACAAUUAAAUAUAGAUUAUUCGCAAAAGAUAGAUUCUGUUUCUGAAGAUUUCGCAACUGUUGGUAUCGUGACUGGACUACAAAACGGCAUUCCGCAAUUUGCACAUGCUUCCUUUGCCGAAUAUUUUGUUGCCUUGUAUUUAUAUAGAAAUUUUGAAAUGAUACACAGAGACAUAUUUUUUGAUGCGAAGUAUAAUAACGUACGUUUCUUCUUCGACAUGUUAACUGGCAAAAAUUCACAGGUCCAUAUAGCGAUUUUAUAUAGAAAUUUUGAUGAAGUGGAGAACUUUGACGACGAAAUAAUAAAACGUAAAGAUAAGUGUGGAAGAAGUGCCUUACAUCUCAUCUGUUCUUGGGGACAACGACAUGGGCGUUUAAAUGUACAACAUAAAAACAAGAGUUAUGUUAUCAAGACAAAUCGGGAGAUUAUGCGUAGUUCUUUAGAAACGAAACAAUAUUUUAGAGCGUUAUUGUUUUUGUUAGACAAAUGUGACAUAUUAGAAGAAGAUUUUUUACAUCAACUCACACCCUUAGCAUGGGCACAAGAAAGUGAGAGUUUGGGAGCGGAACUGGAAUUAUUGCAAUCACGCAAAUUACAACUGAAAGAUUCGUAUAGUCCAAAAGACAAAAUUAAUAUUUUAUUUUUUGCCGCUUUGCACGGAUACGCAGAAGCGUUUAAAAUAUUAUUUUCAUCUUCGAGUAUUUCUAAUAAUGAAGUAAAUUUUAGUGUUGAAUUCGAUGGUAGUACGCCUCUUAUAAUAGCUUCUCGAGAGGGGCACGAAACAGUUGUAGAGUACUUGGUCAAAUACGGAGCCGAAAUCAAUCGCGCUAAUAAAAUUGGUUGGACACCGCUUUACGCAGCUUCCUCUCAAGGUCAUGAAAAAAUUGUCGAAUGCCUGGGGAAAUGCGGAGCCGAAAUCAAUCGCGCUACUAAACGUGGUGCGACACCACUUUACGCAGCUUCCUCUCAAGGUCACGAAAAAAUUGUCCAAUUCCUGGUGAAAUGCGGAGCCGAAAUCAAUCACGCUAAUUAUAUUCAAGGUCAGACACCACUUUACGCAGCUUCCUCUCAAGGUCACGAAAAAAUUGUCCAAUUCCUGGUGAAAUGCGGAGCCGAAAUCAAUCGCGCUAAUAAUAUUCCAGGUCAGACACCGCUUUGCGCAGCUUCCUCUCAAGGUCACGAAAAAAUUGUCCAAUUCCUGGUGAAAUGCGGAGCCGAAAUCAAUCGUGCUGUUAAUAAUGGUCAGACACCGCUUUCCGCAGCUUCCUCUCAAGGUCACGAAAAAAUUGUCGAAUUCCUGGUGAAAUGCGGAGCAAAAAUUAAUCCAGCUAAUUCAUAUGAGAACACAUUGUUGUACGCAGCUUGCUCGAAAGGUCACGAAAAAAUAGUCGAAUGCCUGAUGAAAUGCGGAGCCGAAAUCAAUCGCCCUGAUCAAUAUCGUGGUAGGACACCGCUUUACGAAGCUUCCUCUCAAGGUCACGAAAAAAUUGUCGAAUGCCUGGUGAAAUGCGGAGCCGAAAUCAAUCGCGCUGAUGAAGAUGGUUGGACACCGCUUUACGCAGCUUCCUCUCAAGGUCAUGAAAAAAUUGUCGAAUGCCUGGGGAAAUGCGGAGCCGAAAUCAAUCGCGCUACUAAACGUGGUGCGACACCACUUUACGCAGCUUCCUCUCAAGGUCACGAAAAAAUUGUCCAAUUCCUGGUGAAAUGCGGAGCCGAAAUCAAUCGUGCUGUUAAUAAUGGUCAGACACCGCUUUCCGCAGCUUCCUCUCAAGGUCACGAAAAAAUUGUCGAAUUCCUGGUGAAAUGCGGAGCCGAAAUCAAUAGCCGUAAUCAAUAUGGUCGGACACCGCUUUACGCAGCUUCCUCUCAAGGUCACAGAAAAAUUGUCGAAUACUUAGUAAAAUGUGGAGCAAAACCUUUCGUUUAAUGAAAUGAAUAAUGAUGGUUCAACUCGAAUAGUCACCAAAAAUCUGUCGAAUGUUUAGUUCAACGGUGAUCCAAAACUCCUCUACGCCGGACCAGACUUUCAAAAUUUUAUUACCAUCCGCCGCCUCGUUUUUUUAUUGUUAUUUUGUUGAUCAUAUCAGGGACGGUAAUUUUGCUCUAUCUAUUAAAAACAAUGUUACCUUUACCGUUGAGAGAUAUUAUUAAAUACUUUAAUUAUAGGAUUUAUAUUAAAAAAAAUAGAAUUAAAAAAAACCGAAUUUGUUCGACCGUAUUUCAGGAGCGACAAAUGUCCUGUCUGAUAACUUGGACCAAUUUUACCUAGUUUGAUUGAAAUUAAAAUUUGUUUCUACAUUAUUUUUUCGUAAUACAGUGUUUUUCUUUAUUUGUAGAAUAUGUUUCACUAUUUGACACAUUUUUCCCGUAUUUGCCUUUUUGAUAUCAUAUGCCCAAAGUAAUUCCGUUUGUCAAAAUUCUUUCAGUUUUCCAUCGCACAAUUAAUUCUAGUUCUAAUAUGAGUUUGAUAAUAACUUUAUUAUUUGCAAGUAAUGUUGUAAAUAGUUGCUCCAAUGUGUAAUUUAUUUCCUCUGUUUGUGUCUUUUUUGUCAAGAUCGCUCAACGGAUGCAGCAUUCAUGUCUAACAAAUGUCAGCGCUAGAUUCGUUGUUCACGCAUUCAAGACGCGUUUUUGUAUUUGCAUCUGUUCGGCGCUUCGAGGACAAAAUAAUUAAAAAUUUUGAAAUGUAAAGUGCCAUGAUACCUUUUAACUAAGUACUUGUACUCAGAAUUAGCAAAAAACGACGUCAAGGCUGUUUUCCAUUGUCGAAUAUUUUCAUCAAUAUAUAGAUCCACUGGGUUUGCAUUACAAAAAUGAAUAUUUUGUACCAAGUCGUGGUUGUGGUUUAAAUUUGUUCAUAGUGUUUUAAGCAUUUCACAACGAUUUCCCAAAAACAUACUCUUUUGACAAACUGACAAAGUUUGAUUCAGAGAGGAAGCGGGAAAUUUACUAUGACCAAAUACUGAAGAUGCUCAAGCAUGGCAACUACGAAACUAUCUUUCUUCUUGACAAUUGGUACACAGGUGAAAAAACACUUAACAAAACCAAAGCACGUAAUUGAAGCAGCUUUUCUUUUGGGAAUGGUUAUUAAUAGAAAGUGUAAAAAUCUGAACUGGAGCAAAAAUACCGAAGACGGGCUGCAACCUUGUCGUAUUUUCUUAUUUAACCAUAGUUUUGUCGGUUUAUUAAAAAAAGUAUCAUGGCAUGUGAGGGAUAUUUUUACUUUGUAGUUGAGAUAUGUACAUAUAUUGUAGUUUAUAAGUUUAUUACUAGUAAUGUAACGCUGAUUACUCCAACCAAGGACUUCGAUAAACCUGUGUAUCUAAAAAGUGUAAUCAAUCAGUUCCUAUGUUGUAAAUAAGUAUGUAAAUAAUGAAUUAAUGUGUACAUAUGUUGAAAUAGAUUGCUGUUUGUUAUCAAACAUUAGAAUAAAAUACAUUUUUU